AUGGCUAAAGCAGCACCAAAAUCAAAACAAACAAGCAAAGCAGCACCAAAGAAAGCAGCACCAAAGAAGGUCAUUACCAAAAAGGCAGCAGCUCCUAAAAAGGCAGCUGUCAAAAAGCAGGCCGCUAAGCCUAAGGUUGAAGAAAAGAAAGUAGAAGCACCUGCACAAGCAGCUCCAGCCCCAGUUUCAAAGAAAGCCCCAAAGAAAGCUGCACCUAAGAAAACACCAAAAGCUGCACCAAAAAAGACUGUACCUAAAUCACCAAAAUCUCCAAAAUCACCAAAGUCUCCUAAGGUUGAGGCAGUCCCAGAGCCAGCACCUGUUGAAGAGAAAAAGACACCUGCUAAAGCUGCUGACAAAUCUCCUAAACCAAGUGCUAAAAAAUCAGGACCUACUCCUAACUCCCACCUUUUAAAUUUGAGCCAAGCAUCGAUAAAAUUUGCAUUUUUUGGAUGCUUGAACGCCAUUAAAAUUGUAACAAAAAUUUAAUUUUCAAUAUAAAAAAUUUUAUCGAUGAAACUCCUAAUUUUUAAAAAAUUGGUUUUACCCUAAUUUAAUAGAAUGCUGUUUAUGCAGUUCUCAUGCUGAAUCGAUUAAUUUUCUAUUUGAUUUUCAAUUUAUAUUUUUUUGAAAAAAAAUUAAAGUUGAAAAUACAAAUUUUAUUGACUUAAUUUAAUAAAAAGUAAGUAGAAUGUGGUGCUAAUUUAUUUUUUUUUUAAAAAAUGCUUUAAAAAAAAAUUAAUGAUGGAAAAAAUAAUUUUUAUAAAAUUAUUUCUACCUAAUUUAAUAGAUAAAAUGCAAGUAGAAUGCUAUUUCAAUAAUUUUUUACACUGAGUCAAUUAAUUUUUUAUAUAAUUCUUCAUAAAAAUAAAUUAAAUUCGAACUAUUGUGCUCAAUUUAUUACUUAAGAUUAUACAAAAAAAUAAAAGAUGAAUACUAAUUUUUAUAAAACUAAAAUUUAAAUAUUUUAAUGAAAAAAGUGCAGUUAGAAUGCUAUUUAAAUAAUUUUCACAGUGAAUCAACUAAAUUUUUUUAAUUAUUUCUUCAUAAAAAAUAAACUAAAAUUCAAAUUAUUGUGGCCAAAUUAUAUUUUUUAAAAUUUUUAAAAUUUUUUUUUGUUUUUUAAAAAAAAUUAACUCCCUUUAAAUUGUAACAGGAUUUUUUGUUCCAAUUUAAAGGGGCGGGAGUAAGAAAACUACAACUCCAAAGAAAACCCCAGUUAAGACACCUAAAAAGACUCCUGGGAAAUCAGCAAGCAAAGCUUCAGCUUCUAAAAGUGUUAAAUCAUCAGGAAAGGCGAUAUCGCGCAAAAAAUAA